AUGACAUCACUCACUGACGAUGCCGGCGAAGCAUUUGGGAAUGUACUAAGUCAAUGGGCCGAUGCUGAAAAUUACAAAUACUAUGGCAGAGUACACAGGACUAGGUACGUUCCGCAAGGUCCUCCUGAUGCUCCGACCAAAGCAGACGUCAAGACAAGUGGCCACGACGCCUUCUUCCCACCUCAUCGCUUCGUUGGCUAUUUUUCACAUAGAGCGCCCCAACUCGUGUCCUCCUUCGGCGGUGCAAUUCGGCAAGAUGUGGUGGGUGACGGAAAGCUCACACUUCCCUCUGGGGCCAAAUGGAGUGGGUUGAGCGAAGAUGGUGUCUAG